UCUUGCAGCGAAUUCACCGCCAAAACGCUACCACACCUCUUCGCCCGUAUGCGGUGUGCGCGUCUGGCACGAGCUGGAAACACUUGUGGAUACGCCGUUAUCACUACAGUUGAUUCGUCAGCACCGUUAGCGCGUUUCACAGCACACGGAAACCCGCAGGAACGAGCCUGUUCUCGAGCCAUCAUCAAACUUUGCGCAAUUUCACGUCCGUUUGCGUGAUUGUUGCGCCGCAAACAUGCUGCUAAAAUCGGCACUACUACCGGUGCUGCUGCUCCUCGGUGCGCUGCAGCGCAUCGAAGCAGAGCCACGGCCCGAUUUCGCCAUCAAGGCCACCAUCUCAGGCACGGGGAACGUGGUGAAGAACUCCGGCAAAGUGAGCGCAUCGUUCGAUCUGGUCGAUAACCUGAACCUAACGCUCACGAGCGGCUACAACCUGCUGAACGAUAUGAAGGCGGCCGUUCUGUACAUCGGCAGCAAUGUAACGGCAGCCGGUAUGACAUUUACCACCGCCCUCAACACGCUAGCCGCGGACCGAUCGAACAACGUGAACGGUACGUUCGCUCCCGUAUACCAGGCCAUCACCGCAAUGCGCACACUGCUGCAGACCGGGUUUACCGAUCAGUUCGCCGCCCUGUCGAAGCAGGGCCCGUUCAUCACGAAGCAGUUCAACGACGCGUUCCGCUCCAUUCUCGAUCGGUUGACCCUGUUCACCGGUGCGCUCGAUCGGAUGAAGACGGGCGUUACGUCGGCACGGGACGCAGCCGGCAACCCGCCGAACGGCAUCUCCUCCGACAAUCUGGCCCGGUACGUGCCGCUAAAGCUGUCGAUCGAUCUGCAGGACGCACUGUCGCGCCUGAACGCCGACAUACCGCUCGUCACGUACAUCGUGGAGGAAACGCAGCGGCGCCUUAGCACGGCCGAUACGUUCGUCGAUCAGAUGCGCACCGAGGGCCAUACGAUGGUGAAUGACGCAAAGAGCUCGAAGGACGUGCUGCUGAGCGACGUCGACACGAUCAGCACGAACGUGAUGGACGCGGUGGACAAUCGCGUGGUGCCGGUGUACAACGAGCAGGUGGCCGCGCUGGCUACGGUGCAGACCGCGCUGCAGGCAAUCACCACGUACGGGGACGAUCUGCAGCCAGCACUCGACAGUCUGGCGGCAGUGCUGGACGCGAACGGUACCAGUGCGCUAACGGCCGACAUCGAUGCAAGGUUCACUGCGUACCAAACCGGCGUCAACGCGUCGGUCGCCAACUCAUCGUCCGUGGAGCAGUUCAUGGUCGGCGAAACCUGCGUCGGUCUGCGCAGCGUGGUCGAAGCGCUUGUGGCCAGUUCGCCGUACUCCAAGUUUUGCUACAGCAAAUUCUCGCCCCAAAUCUUCAACCAGUUUGCGCUGUCGUACUAUACUGUUUCCGAAUGCUACGACUUUGAGGUGUUCCGGCUGUACCAGCUGCAGGAUCUGAUGUCGCUCGUCGUCACCAUGAUCAUCUACGACGUGGAGGAUCUCGGGGCAGCGAUCACUAUUUGCGCACCGCUAACGGAUGGUGCACCGUGCCUAACGAUGAUUGGCCCAUACUAUGAAACGCUGGCAACCACCAUAGGCCAAAAGCAAGCCUACAUACUGAGCUUCAUCCAGGAGGAAACCAAGUUCAGCUUGCAGCGACUGAGUUCGUGCGUCGUUGCAGCAAAGUACACAACGAUCAUUUCAGUUGCCGCCACCGUCUCGAAUCUGAACAGCUGCAUCCUCACCGGACCGGUGGCUGUUUAGAACCAUGCGUCGCCGUUAUGAAGUUCCUAUUGCGUAUCGGUUUGAAUUAGAACGAUCUGAAACAGAAAAAAACGCAAAUAAAAAACAAAACUAUUACAAUCCCAAACAGAGCAUCAG